AUGGGAGACGCUGUGUUUGGUAACCCCAUCACAAACUCAACUUUAGGACUGCCUGAUUUUAUAGAUAGGAAGAAUAUACACCGCAUAGACAGAGCUCGUAUUGCUCUUAACUUGAAGAAUGCAGAGGAAAAGAAUGCCAAAGCUGAACAAUCUGAGGUUGGACUGGGAACACUUUGCCUACUCUACAAUGCCACUGGGGAUGCCAUAAGCUAUGUUACCCACAAGAAUUGGACUGGACGUAUUGGAGCUUCUCCAUAUCCAAUGCAGAUUGCAAAUGGACAAUGGGCUGCCUUUAUGCAUGUUGCUAAGCCUGUUCACUCUAUUGGGGCUGUUGUGUACCGUGGCAAGGACCCUCAAGGGGUUGAUUGUGAUUGGAUGGUGUCAUGGGACAACUGUAAUGAUAAAAAUAAGUGGAACACGCAAAUAUAUUCAGAGGUCCGUGAAAAAAACCACUUCUCAAAUUGCGAUUGGACAGUAGUAUAUGAUAAACUGCAGGUUAGCGGCGUUUAUCACGAUGGCGUUGAAGACAAAGACAACUGGAACGGAUGCUCCUUAUCUGCAUGCAUUGGUGAACACAGAUUCCCCAUACUUGUGGCAGUAUUUACCGUACAAGAUGUUUGA